AUGAAAACCACAAACCUUCUCACCUACCUCUCUGUCCUCCUCUUCACCUUCCUCCUCUCGCACCCAACCCUCUCCUACCCCACCGCUCUCGCCAUCGCCAACCCCCCACCCCCCGACAUCCACACACGCGGCCGCUACACCUACAAAAAGAUGUCCAUCCGCGGGCCCCUCCGCGCUUCCACCCGCGCGUUCGUCCUCCAACUCUCUAACCGCCACAACGAGCGCUGCACGCCUAAAUGCACCGCCCCCGCACAGGACAGGGACAAGGCGCGCAUCGCCAUUUGCGGCUAUCCAAAGGGCUGGAUCCUGUGCUCGUGGGUUGUGUUUGCAGCGCAGAAGAUCGCGGAGGGGUGUGUGAUUCCCACGACGGAGAGGGCGGCGGGGGAAUUUGUAUUUGAUGGGAAGCCGGGGAUGAGGGUCGUUGUGUAUAAAGCUAGGCAUAAGCCAUAA